UCUAUCCGCGGAAUCAACGAGACAUCCUCGCGAACCCAGUCAGCAGUCACUAUUUUUCGUUUUUUUUUUUCUUUUUUAAAUUAUUUUAUAGAGUUUUUCGUGGUUUAGGAGUGUUUUUCUUGUGAUUUUGUGAGAUGCAAAUGAUUGAUGAAAAUUCCCCGAAAUGAUUUUCAACGUGGCAUCCUAAAAAGUGAAAAAUUUUAAGGCGUUAACUGAACGAUAAGGUCAAUUUGCCGGGCAAUCUAAGUUACGAAGGAGUCAGAAGAGUCUCAAAAAUUGACAUCCCUAUCACAGAGCUGCGAGAAAUGGUAUAAUAGUGAACUACUGUUACGUGAAUUGUACAUUAAAUGGACUAAUGAAACCCUUUUAUGACACAGAAUCAAAAUAUCUUUGCAUUAUUAAGCCUUAGAGAAUGACUGUACUUCGAAGAUUUUGGGAUUUUCAAGAAAAUAAGACUCUUUAACUCAGCAUUUUUUUAGUUAUAUUAAUAGACAUUGAAAAAAAAUUAAUAUCCCUGCAAUGUCAUUUGAGUAACCUACAAAUACAUUUUAAAACGCAAGAUAAUGACAAACAUAACUGGUUUAUCAUUCUCCAGGUGGUCUGACAAUCCAAGGAGUUUUUUCUAUCUGUUUUCUGAAUUUUAAAUUUCUAAGAAAUAAAUACAGAAAAUAUCCAAUUUUUCUCUAUAUUCCAUCAGGUUUUUGGAUAUUUUUAUUAAGGAAAUAGCCCUAUCAAUUUUCCAGACGGAAAACAGAUUCAUUAUAUAGACGAGAAAUAGACCUAUUUCUUUUCGUAAAUAGCGACACUCACUGGAAAUUUUCUGUCUACUUUCCAUAGUGCUAGCUGCUUUUCCGUUAUUUUCAAAAUUAUUCACAUUAAUUUUUUUUCCCAUAAAAUAUUUUCAUUUUGCUACUCGGGAGACCGAAAAAUUACGGUCAGUUCAUAAAAAAUGGCGGCCGAUCCACAGAGGAAUAAGUCCUCCACUGCCGCCGACGAAUGGGAAGAGUUCAAGGCCGAACUCCGCUCGAUGACACCCGAAGAACGCCUGGAGAAAAUCAUCCACCACUGUUUCUCCGGGAACCUGGAGGCGGCGAAGAUAUUCCUCCACAUCGGUCUCCACGAAUCCAUGCAAGGGGCGAGGAAACAGAUAUACAACGCCAGGCUGGAGGUAAUCAAGUUCAUACUGAGCCCCGCCUUCAGGGUCUUACUCUCUCCACGCAGCAGCUUCGUCUACGACUUGAAGAUCACCGACGAUCCGAAGGCAAGUUCCCCAUUCCCUGGAAUGUUGAGCGUGGGUGAAUUCCGGCCACGCGGUCGGUUAGCUCACCCGUUGACACUCGCUCAAGGGUUUUUUCUGAGAGGUGAAGAGGCGUACGGGGUCGGCGGCGAAAACUUUUUGUCGAUCGGUGCCUUCUCGAUCCCGGGCCAAUUCGUGAUGAUCCAGAUACCCGUCAACGAGAAAGAAGACAUCGAGCUUCGGUUCCUCGACCGGAAGGACAAACCCCAGGGGAAACCCGUAGCUUUGGGAGAUCUGGGGACGUUGAUGCUGGUCAACGCUGAGGAGCAGGAUAAAAGAACGAUCGAGUUCUUGCUGAAGCACGUCGACGACGCCCAGGCUCAAGUUGCCGAGCCGCUGCUGUACGUUGCCGCCAGGAUGGGAGAAGUGAAGAUCGUCAAGUCUCUUCUGGGAAACGGCAUCACGGUGGACGUCCGCGAUGGCGAGGAUCAUUUGGCGCCUCUGCAUCUGGCGACGCACAUAAAGGCCGAGAUGCUGCUCGACAUACUGAUCCACCACGGAGCAGACGUGAACUGCAAGGACAAAUACGAGAGGACGCCACUCCACUACGCCGCCACGCUCGGGUGGACGAGAGGAGUGGAAAUCCUGCUGGAGAAUGGAGCUACGGUAGACGUGGCGGAUACUUUUAAAGAAACGACACCUUUGGACACCGCGUUGGACGGCUCGUACUUCGGGGUCGCGGACCUCUUGAUUCGACACGGCGCCAAAGUAAAAAAAGAAAGGUUUAAGAAGUAUUUAAGGUUCGCUGCGGAGAAAGGAGACACGCAGCUUGUGAAACUGCUCCUAAGCACCGACUCGAUCGACACGACAGGAAAAGCAGAGCGCAAGACAAAGAAGAGAGAGGGAGCGAAAAGAGGUCAGGGCGAUCUUAAGGAGUCAAACCAGGGCAAGUGCUCCGAUCUGGGAGACAGCAAGGAUGGAGUACCUAAAGUCGGUGUUUUGGGGAUCAAAAGUGAGGCUUGUUCCGACAGCAGUCAAAAUGAUACUGGGGAGCCACAUCAAAACGACUGCGCUAGUUUGGAUGCGAACUGUCUGGAUAACUGCAAAAUGAAAGGGGCCGAUAAUAAACCCAGUCCGCGAAGCGCAGGCUCUGGUAACAUUGAAAGUGCACGAGACGAGGAGAGUGAACUCUUCGGUAGGGAUACAGGCAGCUCUCUCCGCCAUCAACACGUCCAAGAUGAAGAAGAUGAACUUUUCGGGAGGGAUGUAGAAGGCUCCCUGAACCAUCAACGCGUCGAAUACAAUGAAGAUGAACUUUUCGGUAGGGAUGAAGAAGGCUCCUUGGACCAUCAACGCGUCGAAUACGAUGAAGAUGAACUUUCCGGGAGGGAUGAAGGAGGCUCCCUGAACCACCAACGCGUCGAAUACGAUGAGGAUGAACUUUUUGGUAGGGAUGAAGGAGGCUCCUCAAACUCUCAAAGCGCGCAAAAUGAAGAGAAUCGACUCUUCCGCGGGGAUGACGAAGACUCCUCGAACUUUCAAAACGUUCGAUUCGAAGAAGCCAGCGAGAAGUUUGAUCCUGACGACCUAGUCUUUGAUCACGACCUAGGUUUCGACAUCGACGACAUCUUCGACCCUGAUGACAGGUACAUUUCCGACUCGGAAAGUCCAAAAGCCAAAGAUGAAGUCCGCGACGACGGAGGAAUAUCCGAGGCGCUGCUGCUCGCGUCCAGAGGGGGCCACACGGACAUCGUCCGACUCCUCUUGGAACACGGCGCGAACGUCAACCACAUCGAGCCUCCGUGGAGCACGACGGCGCUCCACAAAGCGGUCGCCGGGGGCCACAAACAGGUCAUCGAGCUCCUCCUAAACCGCGGCGCAGAUCCAGAGAUCCCCGAGGUAAAAUUCUUCUCGGCCCUCACGAUAGCCGCCCUCCGCGAACGCUUCACAACGGAUCGACCAGAGUUGACUCCCGGCGACCAUGUCCAGAUCAUCGACCUACUCCUCUCACACGGCGCCGAUGUCAAUAGCCUCGGCGGCGUUUCGGACCGAGGCCCCCGACCAUCCAGCGACGUUUUGGGCGACACCUUCUACUGCGCGUACUCGCAUUUGGCGCUGAUGAUCGCCCUGGAGCUGGGGCUCCCCUUAGACCCUGCUUCGAUCCGCCGCCUACGAUACACGGUCCAAUAUCGCGAAAAGCACCACCAGGUGAGAGACCACGAGUACGGCCCGAAGAACAUCCUGGGGCGCUACCUGGUCAAGUUGCAAUCGGCCGGACUUCUGCCUUUCCCGCUUUUGAACGACGGCUCGAAGGAGGCCGAACAUUUGAAGGAGCUCAUCGAGGGGGUAGACGCAGUCUUCCCUGACUUUCGGGCGGAGUGUGAGGCGACGGUCGCGAAGAUGAAGCGCCUUGUUCCGGGCUGUGGUUUUACGUACCUGGACUUGUUGUCCAAGUCCCCGGAUCAGCUGGCUACGCUGUCCCGCAACAAAGCACUGGUCGAAUCUGCGAUGGGCACCAUUGUAAAAGAGUUCCCGCUGUAUUGGCUCCUUCUGGAGGGUCGUCUGAACAGAGGAGCAGCCCGGCGGCGCUGGGUGGAUGCUGCGAGCCAAAUCUGUCACCGGAUGUUCAAUUGGGUCCUACGGAUGCCCUACGACACCCAGCACCCUGAUCAGAAGGAGAAGGUACCCUAUGAGGUGGUGGAACGGAUGGUGAAGUGCCUAAGCGACCGAGACUUGAGGUAUUUUGUGAUCGGGCAUGAGAAUGACCCUUCGUGGCAACGAUUGGCGGUUCUUAUUGAUGCGGAUUUGGCGAAGGAUGACUUAUCGCACGAUUAGGCUGUUCUAUCGACAAUUUGUACCUUUGAAAGACUCUUACACUGAAAAAUAAUCAACGUUUCAGCUAAACUCCUCGCUUAUUUUGGCGCCAGUUAUAGAGGUAUAAGAUUUCUGCUCUUUGAUUAUUUCGACAUAUUGACUAAUAUUCUUGCGAGAAAGUAGAGGAUAUCUGUUGACAGUGAAGGGAAAAUUAUCCAAAAUUUUAUGAAAUGCAAAAAGUAGGAUUUUAUUAAAAGUUAUUGUGGCCUUUACGUCAUUGCUUUUCUGGAUUCAUUUUCGGAGAAAAUGUGAAAAUAUGUAAAGAAAUCAUCUUUAAUUACUGUAAAUUUUCUGUUAUUAAGAAAAAGAAGCAACGUAUUUGUUUAGCGUGUAAUCCAUACAAAUUGACGAAAAAGAAGACAACAGCUUGUCUUAAUUCUUGCUAUUCAAUUUACAUCAUGUGUGUGUUUCACUUUAUAAAAUAAAGUAUUCCAUUUUAUGCAUCAUA